AUGUCAUUACCUCCUAAGGUGCUUAAUUUUAUCUGGAGAUCUUUGAGAAAUAUCUUACCUACAUGUGAGAGCCUUUUCAAGAAGAAAUGUGUAGCUAGUUCAAUCUGUCUGCGAUGUUUGCUGGCACCAGAAACUGUGAAACAUUGCUUGAUAGAAUGCCAUUUUGCAAAGCAAUGUUGGAUUCAAUCAAACUUUGGUUGGCAUGGUUUAACAGGAGACUUUGUGGAAUGGUUUGAGGAACAAAGAAAGAGAAAUCUGAAAAUGAAACUAAAGGAAGCAGUCAUGAUUUUGUGGAGCUUAUGGGAAGCUAGAAACAAUCUAUGUUGGAACAAUAAACAAAGUACGCCAACUACCACUUUACAUCGUCCGAAGAAGGCGCUAGAGGAAUGCCAAUUUGGAGGACGAGAUGUGUACUGUUGCUGUGUAUAA